AUGUGGACGCAUCAGCAACUGCCCCAACUAGUGCCACCCCACACACUCUUCCAUUCUUAUUCACCUUCAAAUCACACAAAGGUUCCAUCUUUCGCAAAAGUAAAUUCGACCCACAAUACCAAAAUUCGCAAUGGAAUUAGGAAGAGUACAAUUCCUUUGGAAGAACUUCCCCCAAACGCGCUUCGGAGGAAGAUGGAAGCAGAUUGGAUAGGAGGAUUCUCCCUUGGAGUGGACCUCGGAAUGGCUCGCACUGGCCUUGCACUCAGCAAAGGCUUUGUUGUUCGCCCUUUAACGGUUUUGGAACUGCGAGGACAGAAACUCGAGGUCCAGAUAAUGAACAUUGCCGAAAAAGAGGAGGCUGAUGAGUUUAUAAUUGGACUUCCAAAAUCUUCCGACGGAAAGGAAACGACACAGUCAAACAUAAUCCGUACCGUUGCUGGAAGGCUUGCUGUUCGAGCUGCUGAGAGAGGUUGGAGAGUAUAUCUACAGGAUGAACACGGGACAACAGCAGAUGCCAUCAAUCGAAUGGUCGACAUGGGCUUAAGUUUGUCUACUCGACAGAAGAAACUUGAUGCAUAUGCUGCCACGUUGUUACUUGAGAGAUAUUUCUCGACCUCGGGUCAGAAAACUGAACUGGUUUUGCCGAAGAAUCUUGAACUACAAGGAAAACUUAGAAAGGGGCCUCCGAGAGAUGAAGAUUUUUACUCCGAUGAGGAUUAA